AAGUGGACGGCGUGACCGCUGGCGGGCAUGGCUUUCGGGCCCGGAUCCCUGCUGGGCCCGGCCGGGAGAUCGGCGGCGCUGCUGGGUGGCAGGUGGCUGCAGCCCCGGCUGUGGCUGGGGCUCCCCGCCCCGCUGCAGGCCCGCGGCAAGGCGCGCGGGAACGAGUACCAGCCCAGCAAUAUUAAGCGCAAGCGCAAGCACGGCUGGGUGCGGCGGCUGAGCACCGCGGCCGGCGUCCAGGUCGUGCUGCGCCGCAUGCUCAAGGGGCGCGCGUCGCUGACCCACUGAGGACUGCGACCUCGGACCUCGGCAGUGUGCGAGCGCAGAAGACGCGGGACAGGAGAACGCGGAUUGCGGGGAUGGCCUGGGGCGUGGCGAGGACUGGAAGUGGGGGCGUGGCAGCCUCGCUUGGCCAGGCCCCCCGACGUGUUUGUGCGGUGGACGCUUCCGCACCCACGCAGCCGUCCACGGAAGGGAACCGCGCGCUCCGCGUUCCCCACGCAGCGUGACCGCCGGCCACCCUCGGCCUCCACCUCCCCGAGUUGCUUGGAAGCUGAUCACAGGCAUCGGGUUAUUUUCUGUGAAUAUUUCAGACUGCAUCUCCAAGAUAAGGGCUCCUGAAAGCAUGAUCACGAAUUUAUGUCUCCCCCAAAUGAGCAGUGGUGUCUAAAUGUCAUUAAAUGUCUACUAUGUGCCCAAA